AUUCGGUUUAGAACGUGCGCGUCAAAUUUCAUCUCGAAAUCGAUUAAUUAAAAGCCCUCACGAAUUUUCAAAAGCGGUCCAAGCCGUUUCGAUCGAUUUUUGGCGUGAGCUUUCAGUGAUUCGAGAAACGAUGGCCGGGUGUGUGCUUUAAACUCUUGUUUAUGGCAGCAAAUCUGCGGAGGAUUUUGACAGGACCCACCCCUUGCUCUUUUCAAACGAGUUGAAUAAAUCGCGCUUCAAUGUCGAGCUAUAAGAGAAGAGACUUUACGGAAAGGGUGUAAACGACCACCCUUGCACUCUUUGCGGCAUCUACGGAAGAAUGAAAGGAGAUUUUGAUAAACCCUACGGGGAUGUUGUCAAAUUUUGUCUACUGUUAGGAUGUCUAGUCAGCUGUGUACGAUGUGCUGGAGAAGUGACCUCGAGCCCGAUAAUAACAGCACCACCUCAUCGAGGUGCCGCCCGCCAAAUGUACGGGUCGGGGUCGUUACGACCCCCCGGCACCAAACCGAUCUACGCCACUGGCCAAAGACAACACGGCGUUAGAACUACAAUCAGUCCAGACCAAAUUAAUCCAAGACGAAUUUUUCUACCGCCACUUCAGUCAUACCCUAUUGUACCCUAUCCCAUACCCAUGAGGGAGUAUGACAGGUACUCAGGGUACCCCAUUUUUAAUUAUAAGGAUUUUUUAUCGAGUUUACCGUCGUCGAGUAAUAUGGAUCGGCCGUCAAAUAGGGGUAUGUAUGGGGGCCGGUUGGAGUACUCAGAAGGACGCCCCAAUCACGGUCUAGUCAGGACACGCUACCCCUUCGAUUACGGUUUUAUUCCCGGCAGAGGGUUACCCCCAGACCCCAAUCCCCGACGUUUGGGACGAUUCCCGAGUAAAAGCGGGUUUUUGAAUAAAAAUAACGACAUGAAAUUAAAAUUUCCUGAAGAAGACGAUGAGAAACAGUUGGAAGAAACGUACGGACACCCGUGUGGGGAGGGGUGUGCUCCGGGGGAGUUUCUAUGUGUGGCAAGUUGUAUUUGUAUAAAUGAAAAAAACAGGUGUGAUGGGCAGGAAGACUGUGAUAAUGAAGAAGAUGAAUUAGAAUGUGGUGAAAUUGAAUCGCAACGUAAUGUCAAAUGUGAGGCUAAUGAAAAUUUUAUACGUUGUCCGGGAUCCGGAAAGUGUAUUUUGAGAAGUUGGUUGUGUGAUGGUGACGAUGAUUGUGGGGACUUUUCAGAUGAAACGCAUUGUGGUUAUACAGUAAAUUGUAGUUCAGACCAAUUCGAAUGUGCCAACGGCCUAUGUAUACCAAAGACAUGGCUUUGUGAUAACGACAACGACUGUAAGGAUUUUUCAGACGAAUUGAACUGCACGAAAACAGCAGGAUGUUCCGAGGACGAGUUUGAAUGUAGCGACGAGUCUUGUAUUUCUUUAAGUUGGAAGUGUGACCGCCAAGUCGAUUGUUCUGACGGUUCAGACGAACGUGAUUGUGGUACGUACCACGACACCAACUUGGGUACAAAUAAAAACAACCCCUUUCCAGACAUAACACCACCCUAUUGCAACGAAGGCGAAUUUGAGUGUGCCUCUAAGCAAUGCAUCAAAUUAAAGUUCAAAUGCGAUGGCGACAAAGACUGUGAUGAUUGGAGCGAUGAAGAUGAUUGCGGAAAAGCUCCAGGAAAUUGUGUUUCGGGCGAAUUCAAGUGUAACAGCGGCAAAUGUAUUCCUGAAAGAUACAGAUGUGAUAAGCAAGAAGACUGUGAAGAAAAAGAAGACGAAGCUAAUUGUGAUUAUUCUUUAGCGCGGUCGUGUUCUCCUGAUGAACACACUUGUAGCAAUGGUGCUUGUAUUUUGAAAACAUGGGUCUGUGAUGGUUACAAUGAUUGUCCACAAGGCGAAGAUGAAUCCAAAUGUGAGAUAGUCUGCGAUGAAUCGAAAUUUUCUUGCAGUGGUCACGGUAUCAACGACACUGCGACCGAAUUUUGCAUCAGCAGAAAACACGUAUGUGAUGGCAAAAAAGACUGUCCGAAAGGGGAAGACGAGAGUGGUUGUCCCACUAAACGAGAGUGUGAAACGAAUACGAAUUGUACCCAACUGUGUAUCACCACAGCGGACGGGAAAAAAGGGUGUGAUUGCAUACCUGGCUACAAGCUCGCUUCUGACGGAAUAACGUGUGAAGACAUAAAUGAGUGUUUAUACGCAACAGAUCCGGUGUGUUCCCAGACUUGUAAUAACACUCAAGGGAGUUUUAGAUGUGGUUGUAUGACGGGUUAUGUGCUGCGACCUGAUUUGAGGACUUGUAAAGCAAUUGGUGACCCUCCGACUCUCCUGUUUGCAAAUCGGAUUGACAUCAGACAGGUGUCUUUGAGCAACAGUAAAUACACCCCGAUUUUGAAAGGCCUCCACAAUGCUAUAGCUCUCGAUUAUCACUACAACAAAAAACUGAUAUUUUGGUCGGACGUCUCAAUGGAUGUAAUAAGAAGAGCAACAAUGAACGGUUCUGAUAUCACAGACAUAAUCAAGUGGGGACUUCAAUCCCCUGGCGGUGUCGCUUUGGAUUGGAUUCACGAUUUGAUUUUUUGGACUGACUCAGGCACUCGUCGCAUUGAAGUUGCCAGUUUGGAUGGUAAACACAGGGCGAUUAUAGCCGGGAAUGACAUCGACAAACCUCGAGCGAUAACAGUCCACCCUGGCGAAGCCUACGUUUUUUGGACUGAUUGGGGUCCCAACCCUAAAAUCGAACGCGCAGAAAUGGACGGAAGCAACCGGAGAAGUAUCAUAAACGAGUCCGUAUUUUGGCCAAACGGCCUCACUUUGGACUACACCUCGAAUAGGAUUUAUUGGGCCGAUGCCAAACAUAACGUCAUUGAAACAGCAUUGUUUAAUGGGAAUGAUCGACGAAAAGUGAUCAGUAAGGGACUACCACAUCCUUUCGCCCUCACUAUCUUCGAGGAUGCUAUUUAUUGGACUGACUGGCAUACGAAAUCGAUCUCGACGGCGAAUAAAGCAACAGGGGCCGGUUUGAGGACCAUCCACUCGCACCUUCACUUUCCGAUGGAUAUUCAUAGUUACCAUCCGCAAAGGCAGCCCAAAUACCCCAACAGGUGUGGCAAUAACAACGGCGGAUGUGCCCACUUGUGUUUACCGAAGCGGAAGUCGUACACGUGUGUGUGCCGCAUGGGCCAAAAACUAAAAUCUGAUAAGAAAUCCUGUCAAAAGCCUGAAAAGUUGCUCAUUUUUGCACGCAAAAAGGAUUUGAGGAUCAAACAUUUGGACAACAAUGCGGUGCAUCAACACUCGAUGGUGAUUCCCCUCGAUGGGGUUAAAUCAGCAGUGGCCAUUGCUUGGGAUUCCGAAAGUGAUUACAUUUUCUGGACGGACGUCGAACGUGACACUAUUAAUCGUGCUCUCUGGAACGGUUCCAAUCAAGAAGUUAUCGUAUACUCCAAUAUCGUUACACCGGCCGGUUUGGCUCUGGAUUGGCUAACUAAUAAAAUUUAUUGGACGGAUGCUGAUACUACAAGAAUUGAAGUGGCGAAAACCAACGGGGAGAUGAGGAGUCUCCUGGUCUGGGAUAAUUUAUACAAGCCGAGAGAUAUUGUCGUUGACCCUAUUGGUGGCUACAUGUAUUGGUCAGAUUGGGCCGAAUCCCCAAAAAUUGAAAGGGCUGCGAUGGACGGAACCAUGAGAUCGGUUAUCGUAAGUAGCAACUUAACCUGGCCCAAUGGGCUUGCCAUAGACCACAGUGCUGGCAAAAUCUAUUGGGCUGAUGGUGGCACCAAGGCGAUCGAGUGUUCUAAUUUUGAUGGUUCAAAGCGGAAAACGAUCAUAGAAGGGCCAGAAUUACCUCACCCUUUCGGACUUGAUGUUUUCGAAAAUUAUAUUUACUGGACCGAUUGGCGCACUCUGACAAUCGAGAGAGCUAACAAAAAUACCGGUUUAAAUCGAACCAUCUUAGCGUCGGAUAUAACCGAUUUAAUGGAUGUGCGAGUCUUUCACCGGAACCGCAAAAUGAUUAAAACCCCUUGUGGCACCAAAAACGGAGGUUGUACCCAUUUGUGCCUUCUUAAACCGAAAAAUAACCACACUUGUGCUUGCCCCACUGGCAUAAAACUGGAAGAAGACGGCAAAACUUGUGCCAACGGCCCGAUUAAUUUCCUAAUCCUCGCUCACAGAAACGUCAUCAGACAAAUAUCACUUGAUGUUCCAUACAUUGCCGAUGUAGUGUUACCUCUACCUCCUCUCAAACUAGUGACUUCAGUUGACGUCGACCGAAAAACUGGCGAAAUCUACUGGAUCGAUCAGGCUGAAGAUGUGAUCCAGAAAAGCACCCGCGAUGGCCAAAACGCUAAACUCAUCAUUACGCACAAAUUGCAAACUCCUGAAGGAAUCGCAGUGGAUUCAACCGGUCGUAAAAUUUACUGGACCGAUGGCGAAAGAAACAGUGUUGAAGUGGUAGAACUCGAUGGCUCAAACCGUAAAGUACUUUUCAGUACUAAUCUAGAUAACCCUCGAGCUAUCACUCUGCACUACCACCACGGACUCAUGUUUUGGUCCGAUUGGGGUAAAAAGGCCAAAAUUGAGGUCGCACAAAUGGACGGAACUAAACGAAAAGCCUUGAUAACUGAAGGUUUAGUGUGGCCAAAUGGAUUAGCUAUCGAUCGACCUACUGAACGACUUUACUGGAACGACGCCAAGUUGCAUACUAUUGAAUCGAGUGAUUUGAAAGGACAUGACCGGAAGAUUAUUGUGACCGAAGCCCCACACCCAUAUGGGUUAGUGGUGGUCGGCAGUCAUAUUUAUUGGACGGAUUGGCAAACGCAAGCUUUGCAUAGAGCUGAUAAGAACAAUGGGACUGAUAAGGCGAAAAUCCGGGAAAAAUUGGAUGGGUUGAUGGAUGUGAGGUCGGUGCAAAGUGACAAUAUUGCGGAAAAUGCUUGUGGGACUAACAAUGGAGGAUGUUCCCAUUUGUGUCUGCGGAAUUCCGGAGGUUUUAGCUGUACGUGUCCCACUGGGAUUAAAAUGUCGAAAAAGAACCCAAAAGUGUGUGAAAAACAACCAUCGACAUAUCUGCUUCUAGCAACACGUUUCGCUUUGAAUAGAAUUAGUCUCGACACUGACGAUCUCUGGGAUGUAACACUCCCCAUCGAAGAUGUCAACAAUGUGAUUGAUGUUGAUUUUCAUUGGGAAAAACGCUUGAUUUAUUACACUGAUAUUGGGAAUAACGUGAUACAAAGUGUGAACAUGUUUAAUUUAUCUGAUAUCAAGAAUAUAGUCCAUUCGAACUUAUCCUCCCCUGAUGGAAUUGCCGUUGAUUGGAUCGCAAACAACAUCUACUGGACAAACACCGGAAACAAAGUGAUAGAAGUGGCGAAAAUUGACGGAAGUCAUCGCAAAACUAUCAUUUCGACUAAUCUGCAAGACCCACGUUCUAUUGCGGUGUUUCCGCGAAAAGGUUAUCUGUAUUGGACUGAUUGGGGAAAACCAAAAAUCGAACGAUCGUUCCUCGAUGGUUCCGAUCGAAGAAUUUUGAUAAAUGAACAGUUGAGUUUCCCAAUUGGACUUGCAAUUGAUUUUGUUGACAAACGCCUCUACUGGAUUGAUGCCACUCUCAAUGAAGAACGAAUUGAAACUUCGGAUCUCCAUGGUCGCAAUAGAGUUGUUUUAGAUAUACCACAGACUCAUCCUUUCUCCUUGACCCAAUUUGGAGAACAUAUUUAUUGGACGGAUUGGGUCCAUAAAACAGUCGCUCGAGCUGAUAAAACAUCGGGAAAAGACGUAGUAAUAGUACGGUCGUACUUAGAAGCCGCCAUGGGUUUAUCGAUGGUUACAGCUAGUCGGCAGUCGGGUUGGAACCCAUGUGCUGUCAAUAACGGUGGUUGUCCUCAUUUAUGUUUCUUCAAACAGAAGAAUUACACUUGUGGGUGUCCCAACGACCAUAGUAAAUGUGUAGAAGGCGAACCCAAAAAUCCGGUUCCGAAUAAAUGUCCUGGUGGUUCCUACAAAUGCGAUUAUGAUGAUGAUGACGAUGAGGAUUUGUACAACCCGACUAAUAUAAGAGAUUUGGAUGAAACUCCGGAACAAUCAUCGGGUGAACAUUGGAACCGGUUUUACAUAAUGACUUUGGUGCCAAUGCUUUGUAUAAUUUUGUUGUGCAUAAUUUUGGUGGGAUUUUUGCUUUUCAAAAAAGGGAAAAAGAAGUAUUUGUAUGCGACUGGGAGAAGUUUCUCCAACCCUAAUUAUUACUCAUCUGGGAAUGAGCCGGGAGUUGCUGCGGCUUCCGGUGAUCGCAAACAGUUUAUUUGGAAAAAAUUAAAAUACGACAAGUCACAAGAACGAGUUUAUGAAGAAACUGCUGGAACAAACAGUCCUGAAAUAGCAAGUCUCAUUCCAACAAUUUUAACUCCUUGCAGUUCCAACUGUGAAACUGUUACUCCGGAAUUGGAAAGGUCUCCUUCAGUAACACCACUCCAUAAAAUUGAAAUGGUUCAAGCACUUCAGACAGAUGCUUAAAGCGAGACAUACAUAUAGUCACCUAUUUAAAUUAAAAACGAAUAAAAAACAGAAACUUGCAUUUUAACUGCACUAUUGUUGUAAAUAAUAAUUUAAAAGAAAAAGAAAAUUGUCAAAUUAAGGUGACUGACAAUAAAACCACAUUUAAAAUAGUUCAAUUUGACGAUACACAAAUGUAUAACACUUGCGGUAAGUAAGUAAUUAUGUGCCAAAGAAACCAGAAAGAUUACAAAAAAUUUACUUAAAGGUUGCCAAAGUAGAAGAAAUUUAUCGUUUUUAAUGUCAGACGGGACACAAUCCGGUACAUCCCUUUAAUUUCGGGUGGUAAAAAAAGUAAAUUAAUUGUGGUCUUUGAAAACGCGAAAAUUUUGUAUUUUUCUACAAUUUUACUAUUUUUUUCUUGUUUUUGGAGAUACAAAGUCCCGAGAAACUGAGAUAUUUUAUUAUUAUAGCACGGUUAGAGAUACUACCUAUAACAAUAACGUUUCAUUUGUUACUCAUAUAUUUAUGAUGGAGAGGAUAAUUGUUAAAUUUUAUUAUUUGUUACUUUGUCAAUAAAGAAUAUUCUCUUUACUUUUUUUUGAUAAAGAUAUAUGAGUGUACUUAACUAUUCCAAUAGAUGUUACAUAUCUCGUUAAAAAGGGCAAGUUGUUUAUAAAAGAAAACUAUAAUUGUUUUUCCGUUUGUAAGACAAUUAAACUGUUUCUGUAUGUAACUUCAUAUCACGUCGCUCAGCAUUUUCCGUUGAAAUGAAAUUAAAAAAUGACACCCAAAAACCCUUCUCAUAUGUACUUAUGAAUGAAUGGUAAGAAACUUAGAGUAAUAUUUUUUUAUAAAUAGUAUGCUGGUGUUUACAAACUAAGACUGACUGAUAGGAUUUGUUAACCAAGUAAUCAAAACAAAUUGUACUUAAAUAUUUUGUACAUGAUACAAAAUAUUUAAAUAUAUUUUUCUGUAUGAAGCAAGGUAUGUGUGUUACUGAGGAAAAAAGUUGACACUAUAUAUAUUUAAAAAAACAAACAUAUUCAUAAAGUUGAACCGCAUAGGGCUCAAGGCGAUUUAACUCAAAUGAAUAUUUUGUGAUAGGACGAUUCAUAACGAAGAGUUAAAUUUUUGUAAAUGUAAUUCGUUAGGCGUAAUCAUCUUCCAUUGUAAAUAAGGAAUUCAAAAUCAACCGACUAGUUUAUUUUCAAUUCCUACUGUGAAAAGAUCCAUCAAUAUUAAAUUUUAGCUCAAUAAUUAUACUAAUAAAUAAUAAAGAAACGAACUGGCUCAAAAAUGAUUUACUAAUAACAACAAUUAUACAACCUGUUUUUAAUUUCGUUUAUAGAGAAACGUCUAAGAAGGGAUUAUAUCUGAUUACGAAAAUUAAUAUUGUUAUAUUCUGUUAUAUGAACCAUUACAAUAUUAAUAACUCAGUAAGUAGAUAUGUUCUAAAUCAAUGUUUUAAACUGUAAGACAUAAUGUUAGCCAUUAUUUAUGUUUAUACCUAUAAGUCAUGCAAUCUAUAGAUUCAUGAAUCUUGUCGAGCCUCCGGUGAGAAACAUGAUAAUAAACGAUGUAUUUUAAAUGUUUAAAA